GCAAAAUAUAGCAAACUCCUCCCUAAGUACAAAUUUGAAACAAAAUAUAGCACCACAUUUACAAAAAUAUGAAGACUCUUGGAAGCAAGAUCUUAAAAUUUUACUCCUCCCUAAUCAUUUUGGUUCUGCUUGCAUCUCAUCAAUUACGAGCUCAUGAAGUUGAUGUUGAAAGUGAAUUUAGUUAUGAUGAAGAAGACAACUUAGGACCCGGGAAUUGGGGAAAGAUUAAGCCAGAAUGGAGUUUGUGCAGCAAUGGAACAAUGCAAUCACCAAUUGAUUUGAUGAACGAGAGAGUUGAUGUUGUGUCCAAUUUGGGACAACUACAUAGAGACUACAAGCCUUCCAAUACAACACUCACAAACAGAGGCCACGAUAUGAUGUUGAGUUGGGUUGGUGAUGCUGGACACAUACACAUAAAUGGAACCUUGUAUCCCCUGAGACAGACUCAUUGGCACUCACCUAGUGAACAUUCUAUUAACGGGAAAAGGUACGACUUAGAGGUUCAUAUGGUUCAUCAAACUCCCGAAGAAAAAAUUGCUGUGAUAGGAAUUAUUUACAAGAUUGGACGGCCCGACCCGUUUUUGCCUAUGAUUGAGAAUGACAUGAAGGCUCUUGCUCAUACAACGGAUUUAGAAAAGGCCGUAGGCAUUCUUGAUCCAAAACAGAUAAAAUUGGGGAGCAGAAAGUAUUAUAGGUACAUUGGUUCACUUACAACUCCCCCUUGCCAUCAAAAUGUCAUCUGGACCAUUGGUAAAAAGGUGAGAACGGUUUCAAGGCAUCAAUUGAAAAUGAUACGGGAAGCAGCCCAUGAAAGGACAAACGCAAGACCGAUCCAACCAUUAAACCAGCGCCGGGUGAAAAUGUACAGACCAAAUGUUGAAGAAGACGACUGA